CAAAGGUUUGUUCCACUGGGACUGAGCUCUGGCAAAUGAGACCAAAUACAGAUGUUCACAUACUUUAUUAAAUAUUCUACAGAAAUUUACAUAUAAACGAUGAAGCCAAAAUAUUAAUUUAGUUAAGUAAAGAUAACAGUCUAAAUGUGUGGAGCAAAUACAGCUCCACUGGUCUAAUUCAGACCCAAUACAAAAGAUUUCUUUAAUAAGUCUAUACUUUUCACAAGUCCAUUGAAGAAGGUAUAAUUCCUCCAUAAGAAUGGCAAAAUCUUCUCUUAAAUAUCCAGUAGAAGGAAACAUGAUUUAAGACUUGACUUGUAUUGUAACGACUAACACCUGUCAGUAAUUUGAGGUAUUCAAGGCAUUUGUAUGAACUGUCUCAAAGAGUCUAAAUUUAGGUCUUUUAUGAUCUUACACAAAGAUAACAAUUCAUAUACAUGAUACUUAAUAAUGUUUUUUUUAAAUUCAGAAAACCUUAAACCAGGCCAAUUUUACAAAGACAGAUAUUCAAGAUCUGAGAGAAGACAUCAGAGCAUAUCAUCAGCUUAUGCAUCAACAUGCACCUGAACUGAAGAAAAAGGCUAAAACACAUCUUCUGUUGCAUGUGGUUGAGGAUAUACAGCGCCAUGGUCCACCACAGUCUUUUCUAGAGGACGCUUUUGAAAAAAAUCACGGUACAAUUCGCAAUAUAAUAUUUUUACAGAACCAGAAAGCGAGAUCAAGAGACACCAGCAUUAAAUUUGCAAAGCACUAUGUUGCUAAGCAUAUUAUGACUGGAGGGUAUUUUGAGGACCAUGAGACAUGGAAAACUGCAUCACCAAAUGUGAUCAACUUUGGAUUAUCCUCCCCAGAAGUAAGAAAGUAUUUUGGGUUGGGUCACCAGACUCAACGGGUCGCAGGAAAAAUUUCAUUAUUAAAAAGAGGAAAACAUGGACAUGUUUUGGAGGAAUCCCAAAAUGAGGAUGUAAUAUUGAGUGCCACUCUUUCACUAAAUAUUGAUGCUAACAUCAGCCAGUAUACCCUGAAGAGAGGAAGUGGUGUGACCACCCAAGAAAAUGAGCUUGCUCAAAGUGGCGAUUGGGUGCAAUACAUAAAUGAGAAUGAAAAUGAAUGCUAUGGUAUAUUCCAAGAGGGGUAUAUUUUAACACCAAAAAGAGGAAGCACAAGACUAAUAGUCAAAUUGCAGAAAGCUGAGAAGGUCAACACCAAGGAUUGUAACUGUGACAUGUACAAUGUGCAAAAUGUUUUUGAUAUUUUAAGUUCUAUAAAUGUACAGAAAAGGGUUAAUUUUUUUCAUGAUUGCAAAAGAGGAUCAUGCAACAUUUCAAAGUCAUUGCAUGAAGGAAGAAUUGAACAAGAAAACAUUACAAGAAAAACAAAUCAUUUGAAACACAAGAAAAAUCAUACUGUGUAUGUUCUAAAUAAAUAUAGUUUCAUUUAGUCAAUAAUGUAAAUGUACAGUAGGUUAUGUUUGACUUGUUGAAAAGAAGUAUGUUUCAUAAGGCCCCAAUUUAAAAUGUUUAACACCAAAUAUUAAUAUCAUUGUUUCAAGACAAAAAUUGCAUCAAGAUAAUGAAUUUGGAAGAAGAGAAGUUAUAAAUUAAUAUUUUUAUUGAGCUUUUCUUAUAAAAGGUGUAAAUUUACACUUUGAAUUAUAAAUACGCAAAAAAAUAAGAGUUUGGUGAAAUUUGACAAAAUCAGUUGCAUUUCAACUUAAUUUAGGCCUAGGAAACAUAGAGUGCAGGGUUGGACAAACUAAAUGUUUAAUUAAUAUAUAAUAUUUGUUAUAAAAAAGCUUAAAAUCAAAAUAUCUUCUUUGUUGAUGUUAUAUAUACACUGUACUUUUUAGUUCUAAAACCAAAGGAAAUUUACUCCUAAGUGACAAUUUAAGCUACAAAAAGGACUGCAUUGAGGCCUUAUCUAAUGUACUUCUUUAUCUUUGAUUGAGCAAUAAACAUAAUUUGUAUUCAAGUGUCUUAACUUAAUAUGAGUAUUUUCCAGAUAUGUGACAUAUUAUUAGUUUAAAUUGAACAGGUUUGGACCCUGUUUUAAAAUGCACACAUUAAGAGAAUUGUAUAAAAUGACCAAAUUGAAGAUAAAAACUUAACAUAUCGGUUAAAAAAUUACAAACUUGGAUACACAUCUUAAUGUGCUUAAUUUUUUAUCUUAUUGUCCUUAAAUUUUGAACAGAAAUUUAUGUAUUAGUUAAGAUAUUCCUUGUAUUCCAAAUUUCAUAACAUGAUUUGUAUGAAAAGUUUUGAGGGGGCAGUGGUGGUUGGAACAAUUGUCUGUAAAAGUUUAGAAAUAUCUUCUGGUGCUAUGACUGCAAUGAAUCUUGUUAUGUAGGAGGUGUUUAAAAAGGUUUACAAAAUGAAUUGUACGUGAGAAAAAUUAUUAAAAAAAUGGUUAUGAAAUUAUUUAAAUUUGUUAUUUUAAUGCAAAUUUUGUGAAAAAAAUGUUAUGGUAUUAUUUUAAUAAUUUUUUUAAAAAGCAUAAAUUGCUUUUCCAUAUUCAUACUCAGUAACAGUGAAAAGUUUGGAGUAAAAUUUUAAAAUUUGGUACAUACGAAUUAACAAACUGUACUUGGAUUUGACCAUAGCUGUUAAUUUGUGAAUGUCACAUCCUGAAUUACUUUCUUGUGUCAAAAGUUACAAGAAUGUAUAACCCAUGAUAAUCAAAUGUAUGCACAAGUUUACAUAAUUUGCUUUUGUUAAUAUGAUUAAUUAAUUUGCAAAGAUAUAUACCUUGCUGACAUAUAUUUUGUAGUUUGACCCUUGUUUGGCUCCUGUAAGACAUGAUCCUCAUUAUUAUUCAAAAUUUAAAUAUUUUCAUCAAUUGGCUUUUAGAAAUAAUUUACUGUGGAAAAGCUAUUUAUUGGAACAGGAUCUAAAAACAUGUAUUUCAAAUAUUUAUUCACAGUCACACUAUACAGGUUAGAUGUAACAUUGUUUUGUCUUGAUAUUAAAUUGCUGAUCCUGCUUAAAUUAUAAUUUUUUAAUCUUUUUAUCCAAAUAUUUCUCAACAAAUAUGAAUAUUAAUAGAUUACCUGUACUCAGAUAUUGAAUGUGUGUUUGAUUAUAAACAUAUAUCAAAUUUUAUGUUUAUUAUAAUAAAGCAAAUAGUUUUCAUGAAUCGCCAGAAAAUUUCAUAAAUCUAGAAACUGAAACCAUGGUAACAGUUGCAAAAGUAUUGAAGUAUAACACAAAUAUUACAUAAUUGCUGUCAAUAAUAUCAUUUUUUGACUAACACAAAUUCGAAAUAUAAAAAUAAAUCUUAUAUCUGUAGACAAUUUAUAAUUAUUUUAUUUAUCUGAUGUUUACCGUGUAUCAAUAUUGCUUCAAAAAUUUAACAGUAUAAAAGUUUAAUACCA